UUUCUUAGUCCUUUCAAAGCUCCUCGGGCACUUCAGCUAUUAUUGCUGUCUCUCCUCGACUUCUCAGAUCAACGCCUCUCCUCCCUCCACGUCCUGUCCGGACCCCAACUCCCUCUUUAAAUCAACCUUUUCUUGAUUUUUAUUACAGCUAACUACAUUCUCGCGCACUUAGCUCUUUCCUUUAAUCUCUCCUCUUCCAUCUCCCUCUCUGUCAUCGCUGCUCUCGACACCGGGAUUGUUAUAAAACACAGUAGAUCCGACGCCGUUUUCAGCAGUUUCCACCCUUCUCCUCCCAGAUCCAACAACUUCGAAGUCCGGCACAUCGCUCAGCAUAAACGGUCGAUAUGGCGCCGAGCACGAUUCGAAAAGCGAUCGGGACCGUUAAAGAUCAAACAAGCAUAAGUAUAGCCAAAGUAGCGAGUAAUAUGGCGCCGGAGCUUGAAGUAGCAAUUGUGAAAGCAACGAGCCACGACGAUGAACCGCCAAAUCAGAAGCAUAUUCAGGAGAUACUGAGUUUGACAUCGUCUUCUCGGGGUUAUGUCAAUGCGUGUGUAUCUUUGGUUUCGAGAAGAUUAGGGAAAACGCGGGAUUGGAUCGUGGCGUUGAAAGCAUUGAUGGUUAUCCAUAGGUUGUUGAAUGAAGGGGAUCCGGUGUUUCAAGAGGAGAUUUUGUAUGCGACUAGGAAAGGAACUAGGUUGUUGAAUAUGAGUGAUUUUAGAGAUGAAGCACAUUCAAGUUCCUGGGAUCAUUCCGCUUUUAUUAGGACUUUCGCCAUGUACUUGGAUCAAAGACUUGAACUGAUCUUGUUUGAAAGAAAAGGAGGUGAUGGUGGUGGCCGUGUCGGUGGGGGGAGUGCUAAUGGUGGUGAAAUUGAGAGGUAUGAUGGAGGAAGGGGUGAUUUUAGGUCGCCGCAGCAGCAGAGAGGUUAUGAGUAUAGUGAUCAGUAUAAUGGCGAGUAUAAUAGAGGGGAGAGUGGGUAUGGGAUGCCGAGGAGGACGAGGUCUUAUGGGGAUAUGAGUGAGAUGGGGGGAAGAGAAGGGAGGGAAGAGAAGAAGACAGUGACGCCGCUGAGGGAAAUGAAGCCAGAGAGGAUUUUUGGGAAGAUGGGACAUUUGCAGAGGUUGUUGGACAGGUUCUUGUCGUGUAGGCCGACAGGGUUGGCGAAGAAUAAUAGGAUGAUAUUGAUUGCCUUGUAUCCUGUUGUGAAAGAGAGUUUUAAGUUGUAUGCUGAUAUAUGUGAGGUUUUGGCUGUUCUGCUUGAUAAAUUUUUCGAUAUGGAGUAUCCUGACUGUGUGAAGGCAUUUGAUGCUUAUGCUAGUGCGGCGAAGCAGAUUGAUGAGUUGAUUGCGUUUUAUAACUGGUGUAAGGAUACUGGUGUGGCUAGAUCGUCUGAAUACCCCGAAGUGCAGAGGAUUACGGGUAAAUUGUUGGAGACUUUGGAGGAGUUUCUGAGGGAUAGGUCUAAGAGACCUAAAAGUCCGGAGAGGAGAGAGGAGGCACCUCCUGUGCCUCAAGAGGAGGAGCCGGUGCCUGAUAUGAAUGAAAUUAAGGCCCUGCCUCCACCGGAGAAUUACACUCCUCCACCCGAGCCAGAGACCAAGCCUCAGCAGCCACAGUUUGCCGAGGAUUUGGUGAAUUUGAGGGACGAUGCUGUCACGGCUGACGAUCAAGGGAAUACGUUGGCUUUGGCUUUGUUUGCUGGUCCGCCUGCCAAUAAUGGGAAUGGAUCGUGGGAAGCAUUCCCAUCUAAUGGAGAACCUCAAUUGACCUCAGCUUGGCAGACUCCAGCUGCUGAACCUGGCAAGGCAGAUUGGGAAUUGGCAUUGGUUGAGACAGCUAGUAAUUUAUCGAAGCAGAAAGCAACCUUGGGUGGUGGUUUUGAUCCAUUGUUGUUAAAUGGAAGGUAUGAUCAGGGAAUGGUGAGGCAACAUGUUGGCACUGCCCAAUUAAGUGGAGGUAGUGCUAGUAGUGUGGCGUUGCCAGGGCCUGGAAAGAAUACAACGCCUGUUUUAGCUCUUCCUGCUCCAGAUGGAACAGUCCAGGCUGUUAAUCAGGACCCUUUUGCCGCAUCUUUGAGCGUUCCACCUCCUUCAUAUGUCCAAAUGGCUGAUAUGGAGAAGAAACAAAACUUGCUUGUUCAGGAGCAGGUGACAUGGCACCAAUAUGCCAGGGAGGGGAUGCAAGGCCAAGCUAGUUUGGUCAGGAUCAGCGGUACUGGUCACUACAAUGGAGGUCCUACGCCAAUGAUGCCUUAUGGGAUGCCACCUGUCAAUGGAAUGGGGCUACCACCGGCCGGGUAUUACCAUGCUCCCUACUGAUUUGAAUGCCGUUUAUCUAAUAAUUUUGUUCAUGUUAAUGCUCAUGUUUAUUUUUGUA